CAGUGAUGAGGUUAGAGCACUGUAUGUAUUUGAAUGUAUCUCUGUGUGUUAGAUUCUCCUGGCAAAGAAUUUUAUGGCGACGUUAGACAUGUGGCCAGAAAAGCAGACUUUGAGUAAAAAAGUCACAUGUGAGAGGAUUAAGGAGGGGGACUCUUUGUGGGAGCCAGUCACUAAGGGGAGGGCAACAGGAUACAACUAGUGGGUGGACCUCGAUGCUUGUUUCUGUGCACAACAAGUCUCUCCCUUUCGUAUUUCCUUUCCCUCCAAACAGGAGCACUUUGUAUAUGUUGGGGGUAAAAUCUGCAAGCCUACAGUACUUAUAUUUUAUUAAUCUGUUUCAGUACAAUCAUUGACUGGCUUUCUGGAAGUUUAAAAGUUCCACAAAGAUCCUGGAUUGCCCUCUUGACUCAAGGAAACCGAGGAUCCUGAGCUGCACUUGGCAGCUCCAAAACAAUGGCAGAGUGCACGCAGGAUGCCAACCCCGCCAAGGUGAAGCAGAAUCCGAAAGCUGACAUGAAGGACUCAAGAGAAGUUUCAGCUGCAUCGGUGGCAGCGGUCAAAGUCAGACCUGCAGACCUGGGGCUGAUUCGAAGCCUGUCCAAGUCGGACUCUGACUUGUUAGCGUCUCCACUGGGAGAGGAGGAUGGAGGUCUGGCUGGCCGCAGUGGGUCCGUGUCUAACUGCAGCUCUGGGCAACCGUCCAUGGAGCGCAUGCCUUCUUUUGCCUCCGAGUGGGAUGAGAUUGAGAAGAUCAUGAACCUGAUUGGAGCAGGCAUUGAAACGUCCAAAAAGAAACAGCCCACAACAAGCUCAGAUGGGGCCUGUGGUAAAGCCCUGGACCAGCCGGUCGGAGAGUGGCUGGAGCACGUGGGGCUGCCGCAGUACGAGAGCAAGUUCCUGCUCAAUGGCUUCGACGACCUACGAUUCAUGGGAAGUAACGUGAUGGAGGACCAGGAUCUCAGAGACAUCGGGAUCACUGACCCAGGACACAGAAAGAAAAUCCUCCAUGCGGCACGCAGCUUGCCUAAGGUAAAAGCACUGGGCUGUGAUGGCAGCACAUCUCUUGUCUCCUGGCUGGACGGCCUCGGCCUGCAUGAAUAUCUGCCCAACUUUCUUUCAAGUGGCUACCGCACACUGGAGUGUGUCAAGAACCUGUGGGAGCUGGAGAUUGUCAAUGUUAUUAAGAUUGGUCCCCUGGGCCACAGGAAGAGGAUCAUCGCCUCUCUAGCAGAGAGACCCUAUGAAGAGGCGCCAUCGAAGUCUCGCCGUCUGUCCCCAAUUAUGUUCCAUGACCUCCUGUCCCAGACGACAUCUCCACUCAGUCAGAUGGACCCCUACACCAGUCGCUCCAUGGACAUGCUCCUGCCCUUGGCUGAGUCGGACCGGAGGCGGAGAGGAGUUGACCAAGAUGUGUGUAGUGUUUCUCUGCGUUCAUAUAGUGAGAGGCCGCGCUCUGUAGACAGACAGAGUGAACGGCACAAAGAGUCUCGUCUAAACCUCCGGCCGCCGAGCCAUUCUGCUACCUACGCCACGGUGUCCGCCUGGCAUCACCAGCCUGAGAAGCUAAUCCUGGACUCCUGCGGGUACGAGGCAACCUACCUAGGAUCAAUGAUAAUCAGGGAUCUACGAGGGAUUGAGUCCACACAAGAUGCCUGUGCUAAAAUUAGGAAAUCAAAGGACUCCAGAAAGGGUCCGGUCGUCAUACUGUCCAUUACCUAUAGAGGGGUCAAGUUUAUUGAUGCAGCCACGAAGACUAUAGUUGCGGAGCAUGAGAUCAGGAACAUUUCCUGCGCCGCCCAGGACCCAGAUGACCUCUGUACUUUUGCUUACAUUACCAAGGAUCUGAAGAGUGGCCACCACUUCUGUCACGUCUUCAGCACUGUGGAAGUGACGCAGACCUACGAGAUCAUCCUGACACUGGGACAGGCGUUUGAGGUGGCCUAUCAGAUGGCGAUGCAGUCCAGGGCGAGACACUAUGUCCCACCUACAUCUCUGACCUCAGAGGUCAUAGAGACCAAAACCAGCCGUCCUGUAUCUCAGUCGUGGAGCAGCAUGCGGAGAUCAGCACCUGUCCUGUCUUACCAGGCAUCUACCACUGUGAGGCACUAUGAGGAGGCUGCUUUGCUAGCAUGGGAUGCAAGAUGGACAAUUAAAUCAAUGAAAGACAAAAACAGCAACAUGCAGCAAACAACCUGUUUUGUUUUGUUUUUCUACGCAUUUGUACAAUACUCAUAACAACACGAUGGAUUGGUCAUGAAUCCAUCACUGAUGUCUGAACUCUGUAUGGACCAAGAACUGAACCCUCGUACACACAUACACACAUACACACAUACAGACACACACAGGAGGACACUUUCCUACACUUUACCGAGGACAACAGCCUUACGUCAUUUCGGUUAUCUAUAAUCAACUAAAGCCCCCCACCUUUCCCCGACCUCCCUGAAUACCACCACCACCACCACCACCACCACCCAACAACUGCACGCCUCCCCCUGCUUCUAAAAGACUUUAAAAAAAAAGAGACAACACUUCUGAUUUCCUGGUGUGUUCAAUUGACUGUGACUGGCUGGGAUGUUCUUAUGAUGGUACAGUUUUGUCCAGAUGAGAGUAUUUGCUCUGGCCUUUGUACUGCCCUGUCCGCAGUCUCUCAGCAUUCAUGGUAGCACCGAGAGGCUGCACAUCACAGCAUCUUCUUCUUGUCAGUUUUAAAAAAAUAUAUAACACUGUGUUAAAACGUGGCACUAUCCCUUUUAAUACCUUCUUUUUUUUUUCUUACGGUGCAAAUAGGACAUUAGUGCAUUUGUGAUACUUUUUGAUAGACGGGGGCUGAGUGAAAUAUUUUGGGAAAGAGUGAUUUAAGACACUGAUUCAACCAGAUGCAAAAAAAAAAAAAAGAAUACUACCAAAAAAAAAAAAAAAAAAGCAUAUUGAGUAUGCUGACAUUGGAUCUACAUUUCACAAUUUUGGUAAUCUAAACAUCCUCGACACGAUUUCAUUUGCCUCGUAUAUUAAUGAGCCUGGAGCACAAUUUGGCGCACACUUCCCAACAUAGCAUCCUAUUAUCAUGAUUACAUGGGUAGGUAUCCAUGCUGUUUCACACCAAUUUAGAAUUAGGUACAGUACAUGCAAAGUAUGUCACUUGAAAAUAAACGGCAGUGAAAAGAUUUAAUUCCACCACAUUAAAAGAGCCAAAUCUAAGUGUUGCUCUGGUGUCGUGUUAAUGCGAAUGGAUUUGUUAUGCUGAGAACAUGACACAGUUAUUUUUUUUUUUGUUAAAGAAUUUCCCUCCUGCACUGUGACUCAAAAAUGCUCGUCGUGGAGUCGACACAUAUCUGUGGGUCCCCCCUCCUCCCCUCCCUCCCGUCUUGUGUGCACUACCUACUGUGCGUGCUGUAUGCCUUGUUUCUGUCUGUCCUCAUGGGAGUUUGGACUGCUGCUGUUACAUCACUGUCCACUGUCCUUGUUUCUGUGUGCUGCGGGAGACGUGAGGUAUUGAGCUCCGGAAGACAGUGUGUCUGGAGACUGACUGUUAAGAUGUAACUGGUUUGUGUGCGGUACCGUGGCUGUGUCAUUGCCACUCUGUUCUGACUGUUAACUGUUAGCUUCCACUGACGAUGCAUGUUGGCAGUGUUUAUUUUGUGUUCUUGUACCCUUUGAUGCACUUGGCCUGAGCAGUCUCUGUAUGUACUGUAGCAGUGUCUCGUCUCCUCUCACUCAUCUGCUUCUUACGUUUCCCCCCCUUCUCUCUUUGUUACACGCCAAUACAGCGAUUUUCAUCCUCAUCCCUCCACGUUUCCAUCGUCGUCAUUCCUCCCAACACUUUGUCACGUAUGUUCUUCCAUUUUGUGUGUCACCAAGACAACCUGCUCUAGUAUGGAUGCAUAAUAUAAAAGCAUUACACUUUAAUGAGCAGCAGCUAUUUAAAGCAAGUUUUGGUGGCAUGAUCUUUUGGCUGUGCAUGUAUCAGUCUAUUUUAACAUUGGUGUUUUCCUUGUGUAGCUCACCCCAGCGUUCAAGUUUCCGGAUACCAAGCUGUGAGUUGAAGGGGAGCAGCGGAUGCGAGUGUGUGUGUUGAGUUUAGUGGGCAGAGCAGUGGAAAAGAGGUAGAGAGAGAAAGAAAGAGACAGAGAAAAUGAGAGGUAAGCCUUAUGCAACGUGCAGGGCCAACCGGCGCUACUCUAACAUUCAGAUCUCACUCUGUAUAUCCCCUGCUCCUCCACUGCCCCUGAUAUGAACCCCAACACACGGACGAGAGGUAACCUGUUGUCCCACAUCACUGGCUAAACAGGACCUGUGUAUCACUCCUGUAACGAGACAGAGAGGUCAGUCAGAAAGGGUCAAGUCUAUUUCUUGGCCUCCAUGUGACUUUCUGAUCUUGUCAUGUAGGUACUGUAAUGUUUAGAGCACUGUAGACCAUUAAUGAUAGAGACCAUUAACGAGCAUUUCUAUUGAUUCAGGUCUAAUGGAGAUAGUAACUGUGGGAGUUUUUGAGGGUGAACAGAUAUGUAACAAAAUGUAGAGAAAAAAAAAACUGUACCAGCAUACAAUGCUUUGCCCAUGUUUGUGGACAGAGUAUGGUUUGUCAAUGAAAAUGUGAUACUGUUUCAAAUUUCAAAGCAAUAUUAUAUUAAUGAAAAAUUAAAUAAUACAAUGACAAAAGAAUCCCUCUCACGUCUGUUGUCAGCAUUGAUUUUUGUUUUAUGGUUAAAACGUAAAACACAAAAGUUACACCAGCUGUUCAAAAUUUAAAGUGACAAAACACAACAACACGAUAAUUAUUGUACAAUUAUACCAUCAGUGUUUCCCCUGCUGCAGAGAUUAGUGGGUGGUGCAACUUCUAAUCUCAACAAACGAUUAGCCCCAGUUUGUGCACACCGUGUUUUUUAUUACAUUUAAGUCACAGAGCCAAGCAUCUGAUUUUCUCAAGUGCCUGGUGUUCUUUAAAAAACACAGGUUGUUACUGCUGCAAUAACUCUUCUAACCAUUAAGAUAAAAAAUACACUUUCUUACAUGAUUAAAAAAAAAAAAAAGAUUUUCCACCCAUUUCCCAAAAUACACCUUAAUUAAACCAAACAAAAUUGGUAGGGGUCCUUGCUUGAUUUGUACGACACAAACAAAUAUCAGUUAUUUGUUUCUCAUGAUGAUACUUUCCAUUAUAUUAUAUUUUUAUAUACAGUAACACGGUGGUAUUUUCUUGCUUUACCUCCAUUAGUAAAUCAAGUUGCUGUUUGGGAAACUGGUUAAAUCUAUUUUAUGGUGCAGUAGACUACUUUUUUUUUUUAUUCACAUGGUUAACGCGUUUUUGAGUUUCUGGAAAUACCUUCAAAACAGAAGGACUUGUUUAAAGACCUUGUGAGUUUUUAAAAGACUGCAAAGAGUUUAAUCUUUCAGAAAAUGCUCCUCUCUGUGAAUUUCAUUAUGAGAGAAGUUAUGCCCCCCCCCCCCC